CAAUUUUUUUUCGCGGGUAUUUUUACAGAAACGAAACCGAAAGUAGAAAUACAUUUUUUGGAAGUAAUGGAACUUUCAAACUUUCAGUAUAAGUUAUUAUCAGCAGUUAAAGGUCAGCUAUUCAGAUUGUAGAAAAUCCACGGGGAAAUCAUUUUCAUGAUCUCUGAAUAUUUUAGGAAGACAGUUAACAUUUAUAACAUGUGAAAUAUACUGUGUUAACUAGCAUAGCUGAUAAAUUCCAAGAGUAACAAUAGCAAUAAGUGUUAUUUCAUACAGCUGCACAAUGCAUAGUUGUCCACAGUGUGGAGACAUAGUAACAAAAGAACAGAAGUUUUGUUCAAACUGUGCAUGGAAAGUUGACAGCGCCAUAUUUGACCAGGAAGGAAUUAUCUGCACAGGACAUAAUGAUGAUGGUACUGAUUGUGGAAGACAGCUUACAAUCAAUACAAAGUUUUGUCCAGAUUGUGCUACACCAGUCAAGAAAGCAGAUGCAGACAUGCCCGUCUCUGAUUCUAACCUGUCGGAUGCAGAUAAUCCCAUAAACGGACAUGAUGUACAUAAACCAGUUGGUUCAACAGACUCUGAAGUAAAACAACACAACAAUGGUAUAACUCAUUCAACAGAACAAGAUGGAGAAGGUCAAAAUGUUCCAAAUCAAAAUGAGUCUGAAGACAGCAUGAUAAAGAAUAGUGAUGUUGCUAAUGGUAACAGUAAGGAAAUUACUUCUUCAACAGACAGUACUCCAUCUGAUACUAAAGCAUCAGUAAAACUGGCAACAGGUCAAAAGACUCCAGAGCCUAAUUCUGAAGGUCAAAAAGAUAAUCCAGAUUCUUCACCAGAAAGUCAAGAGCUGAUUCAGGAAUCAAAAUCGGCCAGUAAAGAACAGACUCAAGAAAUUCCUACUAGUCAGAUACAGAUACCAGAUUCAGAUUCUAAACCUUUCAGCCAUGAACAAACAGGAUCAAAUAGGGAUGAAGACAAAAUGGAAGUUUCAUCAUCACAAGUACCAGGAUCAAAGAAUAAAACCUGUCAUACCAAAAGUACUACUGAUGAGCCAAUUCCUGAAACACCAUCAAAAAAACUGAAAUUAGCAAAUGAAAGAGAUUCAUCUAGAUUCAAGGAAAGUUCCAUAAAGGACAGAACAGUAACAACACAGCGUCACUCAGUAUUUGGACAUGACAAUAAUCAAGACAAGCCAACUGUCUCUGAUGAAACUACAACAGACUCUCCACCAGGACCAAGUUCUGAAAGAUUCAAAGAUUCAUUUAUUUUUGGUGCAUCAUCUAACCUCACAAAUCCAAGUUACUGCAAAGGGGAAUCAAGUUCACAAAAAGAUGAUACUGAUGUGUCUCAAGGUAGAGAAGAUGGGCACAAGGAAAAAGACAAAACUGAUAAAGAAAAUACUGCAAUAUCAGAGAAAGAAGGGAAACAAGAUGAAGAAAGCACUGAGGAUGACAGUAGUGAUAGUAAAGAUUCUGAUAGUGAAAAGUCUGAUGAAGACAGCAAAAACUUGCCUGCUAGUCAAAAGAGGAAGAAAGAUAGAAAGAAAAACAAAAAGAUAAAGGAAGGAAAGAAGAAGGAAAGAAAGAAAAGGAAGGAGAAUAAAGAUGGAAAUUCAAAUACAAACAGCUCAUCUUCUAAAGUUACUAAAUCUUCAACAGGAAAUAAUUCUGCUAGUACUAAGAGUUAUGGGACUGGUGGAAAAACAUCUGUGGGAGAAACUACAGGCAGUAGUAAAAAGCCAGAAGGGAAGAAACCAAAUACAAGUUCCUUUAUAGACGUAUGUUUUCAUGCUGUUAUUUCACCCACAAUUCUGACCAAUCCAGAUAAAGACUUUGUGGUUGUUACAUUUGAGAAGUAUGGUGGUGGUUGGGAGAGCAAAAAAUACAAAUUAAAAUUGGAAAGGCCAAGAGCAGAUGGUUACAUAGUUGGCACUGUGACAGUUGCCAUUCCAAAAGAUAUGGUUUCAUCACAAUCAGGUCCAUUUUACUAUAACUAUGUGGCAUAUCAUGAAGAUGGCAAGAACAGCAAAACUUUCGAAUAUUUUCACCGUACAUUUGCUGGAAGAGAUUUGACAGAAAAGGGUUAUAAAAGAACUUUAUCAUUACCUUUAAAGCAUUCAUCUAAAGAUAUAUACCAUAGUUAUGAUGGAGUUGUUAGAGAAGACCCAAGGCUAGGCAGAAUUAAAAGCAAAAAUUUUUGGGACAAUGUGAAAAAGUUCUUUGGAGUAGAUAGCUACUAUAAACUACUUUGUGAAGAUGCAGAACUUGCAGUGUCAGCAUUCCAACCAGAUUGGCAGUUAAAAUCUUUGAAAAGUGAUGGAUUAAAUGGUGAACAAAUGAUUUUGCAAGUGGGCCAGAUAAGGGAUGGACUUAGGAAACUUUUUGUCAACGAUAUGUCAGUAAUGUAUGGAUCUGACUUUGAUCCAAUAUUUUCCAAAGGUUUUUCAUCACAUAUGAAAAAAGUCAUACAUGGGUUGGACAAAAUUGGCAAAGAACCAGUCAAUAUUGAAACAAAGUCUCUUCGCUUAACUACAGCAGUCUCUGUCACAUACUUAAUCAAUGAAUAUGAUGUUAAAAUAGAAUACAAAGAGAAGAGAAUGUUAUGUGAGGCACUGUUGCCAAUGCCAGAUUUUGAAAAUAAAACAUCAACAGAUCUAGAAGACUUAAAGAAUUUUCUACCGAAUGUUUUCAGUAAAGUAGCUGAUUCUGUAUUGAAGUUUUCAAGAACGAUUGCCGGAAAAUCAUCAGACCCUUGUUGGAUGUUUUGUGUUCCUGUUAUUCAUUUUAUGUUAAAUGAUAUAAGACCUUUUGAAGAACCAACUGUAAAAGUGAACCAUAAUGACAGCGUUCCAAAAUGGUGGGGCAUUGACCAGUUUGGAUACGACAUUGACCAUUUCAAAUAUCAAUCAAAAUGGGACAGGUCAGCUGGUGACAUGUUUAAAGUGUUGAAUCCAUAUUUUGAUGUGGAUUAUUUAUUACCCAGGACUUUGAUAGCAUCACUAAAGCUAGAGAUGUUGCAAGAUGUUUUAACAACCAAUAGAAUUCCACUAGAUAUUACCAUAGCUGUUCUUUACUACUAUUUGAGAGUUACCUACACCAACCUUGGUUUAGUAAAGAAACUGAUAAAGUUUGUGGCCUCCAAGUAUCUUGAUAUGAACAUAGAUAUGUCCAAAACAGGAUUAACCAAUGCAUUCAGAGAAUAUAGAAUAGCAGCUGACCUACUGGAAGCAAGUCUGAAGUAUCCUUCUGGAAACAGCAUGAUCCAUCUUCCAGCUACUGAGGUGUUUUUAAUCACUUUGGAUAGGUUUGAUAAAAUUCAGGAUAAACUUGACCUCAGUAGAAAUAUCUAUCAACAGCUGAAUAUAACAAAGGAUGGUCACUUGAGAAAAUAUGAUUAUUUAAGAGGGAGGAUUGUUAAUUGGCUUGCUGAUGAGCCUAUAUAUAAGGAAGAGUUAAAGUUUUUGAAGGUGUGGAAUGCAGCACUUAGUAUAAAAAUUCCAGAUGGUAAAGUGAGAGAUUCCUUUUUGAAGACAUUAGAAGAACGGUUACACAAAUUACUUCAAGAAAAGGGCAUUGAAGAGAAGUUGAUAGAGAUCUACUGUAUACAUAUAGAAUCAUUUGAUGGAAUUGUACAAGAGAUUCUUAGCAAAGUUGCAUUAAAGGCUGUCAGUAAAUGUAGCAGUUUUGACUGGAGAAAUGUCAAGGAUGAAAGAGGCAACAUGAGACUUGGAAUGCUUUUUUCCAAUGUUUUUGAGCGGAGCUGGGAUGUACGCAAGCUGGAUGAUCCAUAUGAAGUUCUUCAUCAUGCUGUUACAUGGGGACCUUUUCCUACAUAUAUGGAGAUGUUUUGCAAUAUUCCAAAAGCAGUAACGGAAGACUGUCUGAAGUUGUUGAAAACAUUCAUGGAAAUAAUACAGGGAUUUAUUAACAAGUUACUACAAGGAAACAUAGUAAUUAAAACAUUGAGGUUGCUAAACAGCAGAAGUGGAAGUUUUGAAAAAGUACUUAUUGCUAUGAAAGUUGAACAUGCGGAAGCCAUCAUGAUAACAUUAUUCAUAAGAUUCAGAGAACUAGAGGCAUUUGAUAAAACCUUUCAAAUUGUACAAGAUUUCACCUAUAUCUGCAUUCACUGCAAAGCUGAUACUGCACUUUUGGAAACCAAGCUAAAGAUUUUCAGUGCACCAGAUAUGGUUUGUUUAAACAAACUUGUCAAAACACCAUUACUAGAAAAUAUAAAGAAUCCUGAUACUUACCAACCAAUAGUGACUGUGUUUGAUCUAUGUCCAGAAGAAUUGAAUAUACUUCCAAAUAUUUUGGAAUGUUGCAAAGGAUUACUUUUCCUGAAGAUUUGGGAAAAGAAGGGAAUUGAACAACAGAAACAACUUGGUAGGAAUGUUCACAUUAAUGAAGUCUUCGAGAAAGUUUGGCAACCAGCACUGGAACAGUGGAAGACUUUGAGCAAGAACUUGAAACAAGGAGAUAUGUUUUUCACUGAUUUUGAGAAAUGGUUCAAGAAUAAAGAUAGCAGUACUUUGGAGAAAGAGUUCAGAUUACUGGAUAAUGAUGGAGAUACCAGUUGGAUAAAAGAAAGAUUGUACCAGAUCAAGCAACAUGGGAAUAUUAGGAACUAUGUGCAUGGAGCUAAAGCAAUAAUAGAAGUAGUUAAUGCAUUUGAUUUAAAAGGAGAUUUUAGCCAAAUACAAGAGAUAAUAAAAUUGACUGGCGGUGAGGACACAGUGAUGAAGAAAUUGGACAGUAAUCUGCUGGAUACUUGCUCUAUACUAGGAGGGAUUACUCAGGAUAGAUCUGAAUGUCUGCAGGUUUUUAUUAAAUGUAAACCACUUGUUGAUUGGAUAAAAGAAUCAAUGCCAGCUGGACUGAAGGAGUUAAAAGUAUUUGUAGACCUGGCUAGUAUAUCAGCAGGUGAAGGUGACAUGGAGAUUGCCAAGGUCAACUGUUUACAUUCUGCUACAACUGGAUAUGCUCCACUCAUCUUUAAUUUGGAAAAAGAAUGUGAUACAAAGAUGUUCCUGGAAAAGUGUGAGGUUGUUUGGAAAGAAUUAGUUCCAAAUCCUCAACUGCCACAGAAGUUGCUUGAUACAACUAGACAGCUUGAAUGGCUAAAAUCAGUGAAAAAAUCUCAUGGGUCUGUAGAAGUUACUUCCCUUGCUCAAGCUGAAGCUAUCAAUGGAAAGGGUAUUUACCAAGUUGGAAACUUAGAGAAAAAGACUUUUUUGAAAAUUCCAGAGUUGACAGAUGUAUUAGAGUUACGUGUCCCUGAAGAGGAGGGGAAUAUGGCUCAGAGAAAUCAUUACAGAUACGAUCAACUUCACGACCUCCAGUCACGACUGAUGUUAGUGGCAGGGAAAGCUGAGAAAGGCAAAGAUGAUGUCGAUAGAUUUAUGUUGAUCUUAGAUUCAGUUGUUAGACUUGGUAAUAUAUACAAAAAGCUGGUCACUGAAGGUUGUGUGCUUUUUUCUCAAUGGCAUGUGAAAUUUCUAUGUGACAAAGAUAGAAAAGCAUGUGCUUUUAUAAACUUUGGAUUUGGAGAAGAAAGGCUUACUUUAAAAGGUAGAAUUGACGAGGAAAACCAUGAUGUCAGUUUCAUCAUUCCCAAACUAGCCAGAUUUCUGGAGCAAUGCCAUGAGAAAUGGUUGGACUAUAUUGACCAAAAACGUGAAAAGUAUUACUGUCUGAAUUUCUUCACAAUAGAUCAGAUGGUGAUUUUGCAACAGGAACUUGUCAAGAUAGGAUCUGCCCAAGAACCAGCAGCUUUGAUUUAUCCAUUGAUGUCUGCAGUAAAACAUGGAUGUACAAAGGACGAUCUUGUUAAAGCCAUGUCUGCUGCCAAACUUGAUGUUGAUAGAGCUGACACAGAGAGGGAAACACAGAAAGAAGAUGAAGAGAAAGAUAAAAAUGAAGAGAAAGUAGAAGUAUCGGAUGAUUUGAAAACACAGACAUUUUUCAAUGAAAUGACAAAAUCUGGAUAUCCCUUAGGGUUAGCGAGAGAAGCUUUGAAGCAUGUAGAGGCUGAUGAUAUAGAUGGAGGAAUUGUUUGGUGUAUGGACAAUGAAGAUGAAUAUGGAACAGAAGAACAGAGCAUGAGUGAGACGGCACCUGACGAAGUUCCAGAUUUCCAUGGAUGGACACAAACAGAUCAGUCUCUAGCCUCAAUAACUGAGGGCCUUGUAAAUCAGCUGGUUGGAGUUGGAUCUAGAGAGAAUUCUGUUGACAAAUUGAUAAAAACCUUAGAAGACUUGUGGAAGACAUUCCUGGUGUCCAUUUCAUCCAGUGUGUCUGAUUAUCUUAGUGUAGAACAUCUUGGCAUCAUUCUUAAUAGACUUAAUGAACAAGAUGACUUUACAGUAAACAGAACAUUACUACCAUGCUUUACUGCUGGAGAACCAAACUUGUUAAUUUGUCCUCAGAGUGAGAUCUACAACACAGUAUUAUCAGUGUACAGUCAUGAAGUAGCAAGACCUUUACCUCAAUCUGACGAAGUUCUACUAUGUACUCCCACUACAGCUCUGGAUAUGCUUGAAAUUUUCUGGAGACGAGCAUUGUUUACCAACAAUGACCGAGUAUUUUGUCUAGUGAAUGCUGAUCUGCUGAAUUAUGAUGUGAGUGACAAGGGAGAGAACUCACUAGAGAGACAUCUCAGGAAAGCUGAGAGUAAAGGUAUAAAGUAUAGACUAGUAGUUAUAUGUAGUAGUGAGAAUGAGUACAGAUCCAGAAUAGUAGCUGCUCUAGACAAAUACCACAAACCCCCAUUACAUACAGAUGUCAACAUGGUUAGAAAAUAUCUCCUGACAAAAUUUAAAGUGGACAAAUCAGACAAAGAAUGGACACCAGCAUCAACUGUAGAUUAUGAAAGAUGCAGUGUACGUGUUGUAAAGUCAUGGAGAGCAGGUGUGGGGAAGUCCCUGUACAAGAAAAGAAUGGUAGAAAGUUUACUGAAACAAGUUUCUUCUACACAGAACAGUAUCACUAUUCCACUUCAUGAAAAGACAUUAAACAAUGAUGAAAUUAUGGAUGUUUUCAAGGAAGAAAUUUUACCUCCACAGAAAUACAGACCUAGAAUAUUCCACAUUGAUAUAUCUCACGAGGUCCAGGAAGGAGUAGAUGUGUUCUUGUUUCAAUUGUUGAUACUUGGAUGUUUAGGCCAUAGUUCUGGAUUUGUAUGGAGAAGAUCUGAGUUGGACUACUACAUCAUUGAGUCUAUGCCACUAUUAGCUAGGGAUACAGAUGUACAAGUUAAAGAGGGAAGGAAGCUGAAGUGUUUACAUCACUGCCUGGACAUUCUACCUCACAUUAUCUGUAGAUCUCCACAGGAAAGUUUAGACAUCCUACGACAGCCUGAUGAUAAUACAAUUCAUGAUAGAUUGUUUGAUAAUAUAGAGUUCAGGAGUAAAACUUUCCAGAGACCAUACCAGUACCUAAAGAGACUUGACACAAACUGUAAACUUGACAGUGUUAAUCCUAGUCAGGCAGAAGGAGAUAAAAAGGAUUGUUUAGUUGUUUUACUCAGACACUGUGGUAUAAGAGAUCCGUCUUGGUCCGAGUUAUAUCAUUUUGUCAGCUUCCUGAACAAACAGCUACAAGACUUUGAGGUGUCAGCUUUCUGUUGUUUAGCUGCCUCAGAAGAUUUACCAGGAUUUUCCAAGUUUGUACUGAGAUUCCUUAUACAGAUGUCCAGAGAUUUUUCUACGAGAUCAUUAGAAGUGAGUGAAGAAUCACCAAUACACCUGUUACAGAGACAAAUCAGUCAGGACGAUGGAGAUGGGGAGGAUGUAGUACAACAAUACAAAAUGAGACGAACCUGGGAAACUAGCCCACAUCCAUAUCUAUUCUUCAACCCAGACCAUCACAGCAUGACAUUCCUUGGGUUCAACAUUGAAAGAGGAAGUGGUAACUUGAUAGAUCAGCAGACCAGAAAGGUUUUAGAGGCAGCAAUCAUGCAACAUACAUUGUUUGAUGCUUUAGUUAGAAACAGGGUCAAUCUGUCAGAAAACUUUGAUGCAUUGCCUAGACAUGAGAAAAUCAAUAAGCUAUGUAAUGUGAUGGGACUAGAGUUACCACAUGACCCUGAUGAGACGUAUGAACUGACAACAGACAAUGUGAAAAAGAUUCUGGCUAUUUAUAUGAGAUUUAGAUGUGACAUACCAGUUAUCAUUAUGGGGGAGACAGGAUGUGGUAAAACUCGUCUUAUAAAGUUUAUGUGCGCACUUCAGCAACCUCCUGGUGUAAAAGUGGAAAAUAUGAUUCUUAUGAAGGUUCAUGGUGGAACAAAGCCAUCUGACAUAAUUAGAAAAGUGAAGAAAGCAGAAGAAAUUGCAAGCAAAAAUUCUGCAACCUAUAAAAAUAUGGACACUGUGUUGUUCUUUGAUGAAGCUAAUACAACUGAAGCCAUUGGCGUAAUCAAGGAAAUUAUGUGUGACAAGUCUCUUGGAGGAAAACCAAUUAAUCUUCAUGAGAGGUUGAAAAUAGUGGCAGCUUGUAAUCCAUAUAGAAAACAUUCAGAGAAGUUGAUAAAGAGAUUAGAACAGGCAGGACUUGGCUAUUAUGUCAGUUCUGACAAAACUACGGACAAACUUGGGAGAAUACCAAUGAGACACUUAGUAUACCGUGUCCAGCCACUCCCACAAAGUAUGUUGCCCCUAGUCUGGGACUUCGGACAAUUAAACACAGUUGUAGAGGAAAUGUAUAUCAAACAGAUGGUUCUCAGAUAUAUAAAAAAUGGGGAACUACCUUCUGGAAUAGAAACAAUUUUAAGCAAGAUACUUACUGUAUCUCAAGAUUUUAUGAGAGAUCAAAAGGAUGAGUGUAGUUUUGUUAGCUUGAGAGAUGUAGAGAGAGUUUUACAGAUGAUGAGUUGGUUCUACAAACAGAGUAGGGAAGACCAGUUAUUGUUCAGGAGACUUCACAACAUGAAUGAUGCAGAAGAUUCAGAGGAAGAUUCAGAAGAUGAAUCAAUGGAAGUAGAAACACAUCAGCAAAUAGAUGAUGUGACCAGGUCACUGGUGCUUGCCCUUGGGGUCUGUUACCAUGCCUGUUUGAAGAACAGAAAAGAAUACAGGGAUACAGUUGCCAAGUAUUUCACACAACCCUUGGUGUUACCAGGAGGUGCUGAUCAGAUUGAAGAGGAAAUUUCUAAAUGUCAGUCUGUAUUCUUGGAUAGUGUUAGCUUAGCACCAAAUAUAGCCAGAAAUCAGGCUUUAAAGGAGAAUGUAUUUAUGAUGAUAGUGUGUAUAGAGCUGAGGAUUCCUAUGUUCCUGGUGGGUAAACCUGGAAGUUCUAAAUCUCUAGCUAAGACCAUAGUAGCUGAUGCCAUGCAGGGAAAUGCUGCUCAGAAUGAACUCUUCAAAAAUUACAAACAGGUACAAAUGGUAUCUUUCCAAUGCAGUCAUUUGUCAGUACCGGAAGGUAUAGUGGGUACAUUCAGACAAUGUGCUAACUUCCAGAAAGGUAAACCUCUAGAUAGAUUUGUGUCUAUAGUUGUAUUGGAUGAAAUUGGUCUGGCUGAAGAUUCACCAAGAAUGCCGUUGAAGACCUUACAUCCACUCCUUGAAGAUGGUUGCCCUGACGAUGAAGAACCAGCAGACUAUAAAAAGGUUGCUUUCAUUGGUAUAUCAAACUGGGCCCUGGAUCCAGCCAAAAUGAAUAGAGGUAUCCUUGUACAACGUGAAGUUCCUGAUAUCACAGAACUCAUCGAAAGUGCUAGAGGGAUAUGUACUACAAAGAAACAGAAAGUAUUGAAAUACAUAGAACCAAUGAUACACCCAAUGGCUGAUUCUUAUUUGGCUUUGUUUAAAGAGGCUUCUACAGAGAUGAGAGAAUUCUUUGGUCUUCGAGACUUUUACAGUUUACUGAAGAUGUUAUAUGGCUUUGUGUCAGAAUCAAAGAGGAAGCCAACAUGGUUCCAACUACAGCAUUCCAUACUGAGAAAUUUUGGAGGAUUAGAGAAUGUAAAACCAGUUGACAUUUUCUGCAAAAAAUUGGCACAUCUAGUGGACAAAAAUGAUAAGCCAAGAAAAACUGAUCCAGAUUGUACCCCAGCAGGAAUGAUCCAGGCUUGUCUGACAGGUCAAGACACAUCUAUCAGUGAGACCAGAUACCUGUUACUACUGACAGAGAAUUAUGGAGCCCUGACAAUAUUACAACAGAAAAUCUUUACCAUGGAGAAUGCUGUUGUUAUAUUUGGAAGUAGUUUUCCCAGUGAUCAAGAAUAUACACAGGUGUGUAGAAAUAUAAACCGUAUCAAAGUUUGUAUGGAGACUGGCAGUACUGUUAUCCUGUUGAACUUGGAGAAUCUAUAUGAAAGUCUUUACGAUGCUCUGAAUCAGUAUUAUGUAGAGUUUGGAGGAGAGAGGUAUGUAGACUUAGGUCUUGGUUCACACAGAGUGAAAUGUAGAGUACACAGAAAGUUCAGACUGAUUGUAGUAGCAGAGAAACAGAUUGUUUAUGACAAGUUUCCAAUUCCACUGAUCAAUCGUCUGGAGAAACAUUUCUUAUCAUUGAAGACCAUGCUGACACCUUCUCAUCUAAAACUAACAGUUAAGUUACAGGAAUGGGCACAGCAGUUCUGUGAGGUCAAAGUUCCUAUGCAUAUGAGGCAUUAUAGGCAAAAAAAAGAAAGCAGACAAAUUGGAGAUGCAUUUAUGGGUUACCAUGACGACACUUGUGCUGCUAUUAUACUGUAUGCCUGUCUUGAAAGAGAGUGUAAUGACCAGGCUAUACCAGAAAUGGAAAAUGAGAUUCUAAAAGAUGCAGAAGGUAUCCUUUUAUGGUGUGCUACACCUGCAGCAGUGCUAGAACUUGAAGAUCAAGGCAUAUUUGACACAUACUUCUCAGAACAGAACCAUGAAAGUCUGGCAGAUUAUCUACGUUAUAAAGUAGCAAACCAAAAACAGAAAAACAUCCAUGCUCAGAUAACAACCAAUUCCAAGUUGCUGUCCAUAGCAGAUAUAGAUAUAUUGUGUAGAUUUCUACCUAUUCUGAGGAAGAACAUAGUUUUACUGAAUCUUCAGUCAUUUGACACAGAACAACAAUUCAGUAGACAAAUCAAGUCAUUCUUGGACCAGACUACUUCAGAUGACAUGUUGUUGAUUAUACAAUGUGAUAGUGGUGACCAGAAUGGAGACUUAAUAGCCUGUGCUAGAAACACUUUACAGGAUGAGCUGCAACAGAUACAUCACAGAGUGUCUAAUAUCCAUGUUGUCCUCCUUAUACAACUCCCAGGUAUAGCUGGAGGAUGCUUCACAGGAUUUCAGUGUGGUUUAUGGCACUCAGUUCACAUUGAUGAUAUCCAUCCUGCUCCUCAAGAUAUUCCAUCAGUUGCAGAAAUGUCUGGGAAAUCUGUCAGUGCAUUGUUAGAUGUAACCAAGGACCAAUCUGAGGUCGAUAUGGAAAUAGAGAGAGAUCAGGAGGACCGAGACAUAGAGACAAUGGAAACAAAUGAAGAAAUAGAUUUAAUGGACAUAUAUAUAGAAGAAAAAGCUGAAACAAAGAAACAGUUUAAAAUUGAUUAUUUGAUUAAGAAAUGUAUACAACCAGCCUUGGGAAAUGUAAAAGAUCCAAAGUCAGAUGAAACUAGAGCUGUAGACAGACUAAAGAUUAUACUUAACUGGAUGCAGGUUGAAGAAGGUCAAAUGACAGUACUGUCAGGAAUAGCAAAACAUAUGACAGGUAUUCUUAAAGAAAAAGAGCAGAAUAUUGGGAGACAAAUCAGGAACUGGUUGACUACAGAAGCUACUAAACCAGAAAACUUGAACAGAGCUGGUACAUUCAGAAACUUUGCUGUUCAAUGUUUAGAGGCGAAAGUAAUUCCUGUUUUGGCUGGAAUCAUUGCUUUCAUGGAUACGAAUAGAAAUUUAGACAUUUUAGAAAACUCAAGUGACCAAGAUUGGCAAGUUGCCAUUUGGUUACAAAUCCUGAAUGAUCCAGAACUAACCCAAUUGAAAUAUUCUUUAAUGGUAUCUCCUACACGUCUACAAGAACUGCAGGAAAUAACUGUCAAAACAACAUCUGUAGAUGGAAGGGUAUUCUCUGCCAAGAUGCCAUUCUCCUGGAUCAUUUUUGGACAGAUAGAGGAUGUUUUAAGAAAUUCUAUGGAAACAAAAGAAGUUUCAGAUAGUGAUUUUGAUGUGGUAUUGAAAGCCUCAGAUAUUUUCCAGUCAUUACCAUUAGGUAUACUUCUGUCAGGUAUUGAGGGAACUUACAUCCACCAAGUUCUAAAAGCUUACAUACAGGAUUUUGUCUACAUGGUUCAUCCUGUACAGUCGGACCCAGAAUGCAAUCUAAUUUGUGAGAGUUUGAUAGUAGGUUGUAAGCAUCUACUGAGAGGAGAAUUUGGAAGAUUGUUACCCUCCAUAUUAGGCUGUCACAUGACUUUUAUACUACAAAAUACAAGGUUUAAAAACUUUUCACACAUUGUUCAUGUGUGGCCAGGAUGUAGUCAAAAGACGUUGGAAUUCCAGCAGAACCAAUCAUCCUUCUACUUAGUGACUGAAGACGAACUUACAUUGGAUGUCCUUGCAUUACAUAUGUUAGUUGAUAAUCUGGAACCCAACAGAGAUGACUUAAACAAAAUAGAAACUAGGACAAAAUGGCUACGACGAGUCUGUGAUUAUCGGCCAGUGGUAGAAAGAAUUAUUGGACAUUUUAUGCAGGAUGUAGAGAAUAGAGAAUAUCAUUAUGGGGAUCGUUGUCAGAAAGGAAUCGAAAAUGCUAGAUACCAGUGGACCAGGGUGGUUGUAGUGAAGUUAUUUAUAGAACAUGUUUGUACUACGGAUAAAGAUGAGAUUAGUAUCAAAAGAUGUAUGCCAUUCUGGGGAACACUUAGAGAAGGGGCAGACAUGAAAGAUUUGAAAAGUCUUGAAAAAGUGGAAAAGUUUAUAAAACACUGCAACAAAGAUGUUGUGACACAAUGUUUUGGCAAACAAACAGACUGUGUUUCAUGUGAAACCAUGAUAGAUGGAGCACCAGUCAGGCUACCUUGUAGUCAUGUGAUGUGCAGAAAAUGUUUCCUUGGCAACAUUCAACUGAAGGAAUAUGAUUGUCCAGAUUGUCGCAAGAAAUUCCCAGAAGACCUGGAUCCUGACAAAACUGAUAAAGAAUUAGAAAUGAAGAAGUACCAUGACUACAGAAGACGCUGUAAUAGUUUCUUCAUGGAGGUUGUAUCACAACUCUGUUUUGCUGAUGGAACUCCACCGUCCAAGGAGGUAAUUGAUAAACUCCUGUCAUAUAUCACUGGUCAAAGUAAGACGAAGAAGAGCGGGAGAGUUUUGUCUAAAGAACUGACCAUAUUUGACGAUACAAUAGACCCUACACCAGUGGUCAGAUCCUUUCUGUUACAGCAGUUGAUGCAAACCAGUAGUGACCAUGAAAUACAGAAUCACUUGUCUGCCUACUUUACCCUUGCCAAUGAUGUAGUUAAAACGUCUGCAGAUCCUCACAAUUCUGUGGAGCUAUGUCUUCUUGUUCUUCAAUGUAUGGAGGAUUCACUGCAUCAACAGUACAAGGGAGAGGAAGAAGUUACCGUAGCAACUCAGAUGUUGAGAGAGGCAGUUCCAUACAUUGUGUGUGAUAGUGAUGUCCUUGAUAAGAUAGAUCAUAUUGCCAGGGUUCGGUUUUCUUUGACUGUAGUGGCAAGGCAUAUUCACAGAUUAUAUGGAACAUCAAAGAAAUCUAUGCCUGAUGAGAAAAUUAGGAGAAUGUUCGAGGCGGCUGCUAAACUUUGUGAUGAAUGUAAAUCUCCAUGGCCUAGGAGAUAUUUUGUAAAGCAGCUGUGUAGGUGUCAUGGUAUAGACAGUUACCACACAGUCAUAGCGAACAGUGAAGCAAGUUUUCUAAAAUGGGUCUGUCUACCAGAACUACAGGCAAAUGAGGUAAAAGAAUGCCAUGACAGAUAUAUUGUGAUUGGAGAUGAGUACAAACAGCUAAGAGAAAUCAUCGUUACCACAAUACUCAGUGAAAACAGUGACAAAAUAGACACACUUUUGAAGAGCCCUCAAAAUGAAUGGCAGUGUAGAGUAAAGUUGAAUUUAGCUUUACACAGGGAAAUAUGUAUGAACAAAGUAACAGAUAGAAGUCCACAAAAGUUUACAGAAGAGGGAAUAAACUCCAUCAGCAAGUACAUACUAAGUGAACACUGUCAGCUGAUUACAGAUAAGGAUUUUGCACAAAGAUUACUGAAUAAUGAAGUUUGGAAACUGAAGGGAAACAUCAUCAAAGGAAUGGAUCUAGCUCAACAGAAUGUGUUCUGUCUUCUAACACAUUAUAUGAUUCUAAUGUCUGAAAUUCCAGGGAAGACAACUCUGCUAACACCUUUACAGAAAAUAGCACUAGACCCUACUAGUAUGGUGAAUUCCUUCUUCCCCACAAUGCCCCAGGAUGAAAUACAGGAAAUAAAGGAGGCACUCUUAGCUGCAAGGGACAAAACUCCUAAUGAAAAUCCUGUAUUUUAUAGAUGUCCAACUGGCCACCCAUAUGUUAUAGGUGAUUGUGGAAGACCUUAUUAUCUUGGUCAUUGUAAAGAAUGUGGACUACAGAUUGGAGGUGAACGUCAUGUACUAAGGCCAGAUAAUGUUAUAGAUUCUGGAGGUGACAGGACAGAGACAGGACAUAUUUUAGGUAGAGCCACAAAUCUUGGUCCUAUAACAGCACCAGAGAGGCAGUUGAACAGAGCAUCUUUUUCUAUACUUAGAUUACUGACUCAUAUCUCUAUGUACAUUGGAGCAAAUAAUAAUAUACAGGCUGUUGGUCUGUCCAUCAAACCCAAUAUAGAGGAGACUGAAGUUGGAAGAUAUAUACUGGAACAUAUUGACCUUGAUAUGACCUCUAUACAGAAUAUCCUGGGUAAAAAUAAGGAUGAUAUAUUGUUAUUAAUUCAUCAUCUGCUGGCGAGGAUGAUGGAAGAACACACUAUGGCAGUUAUAGGAGAAAAUUAUCCAGCAGAUAUGUGUGGAUUGUUAAACAAAAAGUCCAGAUCAAAAUGGGAAGAAGAAUUUGCCAAGAAAUAUAUAACUCCAGUAUUGCAGAAUAUGGAUCAAGUCUUAAAGCAAAGCAAUGGGAAAAUACAGAAAGAUCAGAGACUUGGUGCGGAUGCACUAUUACAGAUACUGUAUGAAACGGACAAAGUACAAGAAAAUCAGGAUAUCCUAAAACUACAAGAAAUACCUGGAGUAUGGAGAUACAGGGAUCUUAUAUCAAUCAAUCAUCUCGGACAAAAUCUAGAAAGAUCAGAGGAGAAACUACCUGUACUCAGACUUUUCCUGAAAGAGGAACAUCAUCUUAGAGCUAUAAGAUUUAUACCAAGUAUAAUGAGAUUACAGAGAAUGUUAAUACAGAAAUAUGGUAGAAAGUUAGACAGAGCAGAAGCUACAACUCUCAAAAUACAAGAUGUUAAACAGGAAAUGGAAAAAGAUAGAAAAAUUGAUGAAUUUGAACAAUUGUUGAAGGAUUUUACAGAAGCAUGGAGUAUUGUAAAAGAAUCACUUAAAACAACUGUUUGCCUGUUAGAGAACAAUGUAUUGGCCAUUGACAAAUCGUACUUCAGAUCAGCAAUAUCAGAUGACACACCUAUAUCAUACCUCAUACCAACAUAUCGUGAUGCUGGACUCUGUUCCUAUAUCUUGUUAUAUUUCUUGUUAAAGAAGCAAAACAUGUUCAUAGAACAGUACUGUUAUCAGAGAAGACUCUCGGCAGAAACUCUUCCUCAAGUUCAUGUGAAAGACAUAUCUUCAGCCCAUUUAAUCAGUUACCAUCCAGACAAAGACCUGUUACCCAUGGUGUUGGCUAACUGUAACUACACAUUUGAAGUGGGACAGGGAACCAGGAUAGAAUAUAACUUUACCAAUCUUGAGAGACAACUGAUGGACAGAUUCCUCUUCUCAAAGUCAAUUAUAACUGGAAUAGCAGAGAUAGAAACAAUUACAUACAGAUCAGAAUCUACAAAUGCUGUUGUUUUUAAGACUUUAUGCGACAAGGUCCAACAAGAAAGAUUAAGUCCAGCAGUAAGAAGUCAGAUUUGUGCUGAGAUACGUAUGAAGCAUGCAGCUGAUUUGUGGGAAAGCUUGGAUAAGUUAGACAUUGCCAUUAGUUUCCUAAAGUCUGUAGGUUCAGAUCCUGACAAUUCACUCAGUGACUUCAUCACAAAUACUCUCAAGAUAGAUAAUCCAUUUUCAAGUCCAAAGGCACAACAGUCCAGCAGGUGUAAGCAUACCAUGUCAUUAUGGAUGACAUUAGCAUUGGAAAGAGCCAAAGAAAUAGCUAAAAAUAAUAGAAAAGCCUUUGAAGGAAUCUCAGAAAACUUCAAGAAAAAUUUAACAGAGGAACAAAGAAAAGUUAUUUUUGAAAUAAUUAGCAGUUUACCCAUAGAACAAAUAGACACAUUGGUGGAAGUGAUAUUUGAAUGUAUUGUAUUCAAAGUAGACGUUCCACAGGAUGAUGAAGAGGAAGAAUUGUUCUCUAAAGUCAGCUUUCAUGAUACUUUGAUUGGGUAUAUGGAUACCUGUCCCUAUGAAGAAGAUAAACAGUUGGAAGAAACACUGAAGGCAGUCAUUGAUCUAAUACCAUCAGAUGAUCAAUUUGGUGUUGUUACAUGUCAGUCUGUGGAAUUGUGGCAUUUAGUCCAGAAAAUUCACAUGGAUAAACAGAAAAGGAAACAUUAGAGAAUUUCCAUACAGAUAAUUACAUAUACACCUGACUAAGAUGUGCCAUAUGUAUAGUUUUGUAUUUUCAAACCAAAGAUAUGCAUACUUUUCCUUAAAGGAUUCUAUUUUAUGUUUUGCAAUUUAUUUCAAAGAUAUUUAAGAUUAUGUGCCUUACAUAUAUGUACAUUUAUUUUUAUAAGACAGGAACAGUUUGUUUUGGUUUGGUUGUUAUGUCCUUACAUCGAAUAAUUAUAAGUGUAUCAUUGUAUCUGACUCUACUGUCAAACAGUGAGACAUGAUCACAAUUAACUAUAAUAUAUAUUGAAAAAUAACUAAAAGAUGUUUUUUUUUAAAGGAAUUCAAAAUUGUUUGUGUUGGUAUUUAUGUUUGUAUGUUCACAGCUUGUCUUUCAGUACCAGUGUUCAAUAAUGAAAUGUUUUAGUUUGUAUGUAUAAUAUUGUAUGAUGAUAAGGGUAAUUCUGUCAACUACAUGUAGAGUAUACAAUUUGAGAUCAUAUGUUGCAUUAAUGAAAAAUUUAUCAGAAUUAUUGUGUUGUUGCCAAUAUAUUGUAAUUUUACAUAUUUCACCAAGACACCGUUUUCAAAAGCUGUUGAUUUUGAUUAAUACAAAAUUAAAAUGCUGUUUCAUUUUUCUCUCUUUUGUACAUUUUUAUUUGUACACAUUUUUUAUAUCUACAUUUUUAUAAGCCCGUUUACGUGAUGUAUUAUGGUAUACCGUUGACCGUCUGUCCGUCCGUCCGUCGUCAACAUGUCGGACAUUAACUCAAAAAAGCUUUAACCAAUAUGCAUGAAACUUUGGUGAGUUGUUUAUAUCUAUUGACGUGAGCUCCCUUUCGUUUUUUAUAAAUUUCAGAUUUACCGUUUCUGAGUUUUGGGGUUUUAUUCAUUAAAAAAGGGGGGAUUUUCCAAUUUUCCGACAAUAACUCAAGAAUGCUUUCACCAACUUGCAAGAAAUUUUGGUGAAUUGUUUAUAUCUAUUGACAUGAGCUCCCUUUCGAUUUUUAUAAAUUUUAGAUUUUACAUUUCCUAGUUAUGGGGUGUUAUUCAUAAAAAAAAAGGGUGAUUUUCAAGUUUUCGGCCAAUAACUAAAUAAUGCUUUCAGCAGUGCUCUUGAAACUUUGGUGAAUUGUUUAUAUCUGUUGAUGUAAGCUCCCUUUAGAAUUUUAUAAAUUUUAGAUUUUACAUUUCUGAGUUAUGGGGUUUUAUUCAUUAAAAAAGGGGGGAUUUUCCAGUUUUUGGACAAUAACUCAAAAAUGCUUUCAGCAGUUCUCAUGAAACUUUGGUGAAUUAUUGAUAGCUAUUGAUGUAAUCUCCCUAUUGAAUUUCAUAAAUUUCAAAUAUGACAUUGAGAAGAAAUUGAACUUUAUUUGUUUAUAGUCUGACAACAGAUUUACUAAGUAUUGCGCAACAGCACAGUGUAUUGCACAACAGCAAGAAAUCUUUAAUUGAAUAUAAAUUCAAUUCAUAUAACCAAUUUCAAGUUCUUUGACUACAUUUAUUCAGAAACCUAUAAUAUGUCAAAUAUAUGAUUACAAUCCAAAUUCAGAACUCUAUCAAGCUUGAAUAUUGUGUCCAUUUUUGCCCCAACUGUUCAGGGUUGGACCUCUGUGGGCGUAUCCAGCUGCGCUCAGCGAAGCAGUUUAUUAUAACUUUUCCACAGUUGCAUAUUAUUAGUUUUUUCUUUGAGAUUUAUGCAAUAUUUGAUGUUUAUGGCAUGAUACAUUUAGUUUCAACAUGAGGACAGCUAUGUCUCAAUUUUUUACCCCCCUCCCCCAAUAAAAUUCCGAAUUUGAGAAGCAUUAUACUUGGCAGUUACUUUUGACAUAUCUUGCAACCACAUAAAUAUUACUUUCAAUGUGUUUUGAUUAAAAUUUUCAAAUGAAGUGGGAAAGUUUUCAUAUUAAAAAAGGUAAAAAAAAUAUUCUAAGAUAAAUACAUUUUAUUAGAAACUAAAGAUAUAAAAUUUGCAAACAUUUUAUAAAAAAAAUGUCCUUUUAGUGUUAUGAGUUUUACUGUCCAAUAUUUUUGUUAAUUCCUGCCAUCAUUGUAUACUGUUGUGUUUGGGCUUUUGAUUUUCAUCUUUUCAUAACUGUAAAUUUACAAUUCUGUGAUAUAAAUUUAAAAUCUUUUACAAACACCUUUGAACAAUAUAAAUCUGUAAUGAUUUUUAAAGGGAGAUAAUCAUUUGUUUUACUGUUAAUCACAGUAAACUCAAUGUUAAGGUUUGUUUCAAAAAUAAUUGUGAUAAAAUUGUAAAGAUAUGUUUUUCAUUCCUGUAUUUUUUAUUGUUGUUUUUUUAAGUAGUGCUAGUUCAAAGUAUUAUGUAUUAGAAGAUUCCAAAUGGUGAUCCAAAUAAUAUUGAUUAAUUUAUAUUUUUAUGAAAAUAAUUGUUUUCUUAUAUUAUGACUGUGUGAUGUUUUGUGAAACUAAAAAGGAACAUUUUUUGUUUUGUAUCAUUUUCUUCAUUAAAUGAUUUUUCAAAUAUCAA